GUGUCUUUAAUUUUAGUCUGCCACAUAAUCAAACAAGGAAGAUGUACGCUCGUCACCACACUUCAAAUGUUUAAAAUAUUAGCAUUAAAUGCUCUCAUUCUCGCUUACACGCAGUCGGUAUUAUAUUUAGACGGCAUAAAGUUAAGAGAUAUGCAAGCUACCUUACAAGGACUACUACUGGCAGCAUGCUUUUUGUUUAUUUCUCGAUCGAAGCCCUUAAAGACGCUAUCGAAACAAAGGCCGCUGCCCAACAUUUUCAAUGUGUACACGAUCAUGACCGUCUUACUUCAGUUUUCCGUUCAUUUCAUUUGCCUAAUAUUUUUAGUCCAACAGGCCAAACUUCGUGCUCCACCAAUCGAAGACGGUAAGAAACCUGUAAUAAAACUUUCAGUCGAAGAAGAGGAAGGAGAAGAACCAUUUGAACCCAAUAUCGUUAACAGCACUGUUUACAUAAUAUCGAUGGCUUUGCAAAUCGCGACGUUUGCAAUAAAUUACAGGGGGUAUCCAUUUAUGGAAAGUUUAAAGCAAAAUCGGUACUUGCUGUAUAGCAUCAUUGGAUCGUCGGCUGUAGUAUUAGCUUUAACGUUGGGAAUUCUCCCCGAGCUGUCGGCUCAAUUUGAGUUGAUCAUUUUUCCACCGGAGUUUCGUGUAAUUUUAUUGCAAGUAUUAUUUGCGGACUUCUUUUUUUCGUUCUUAGUCGAUAAAUUGUGUCUGUGGUUGUGUGGAGAGGGUAAAUUAUCGAGUGAAUUAGUUUAAAGGUACAAAAGACUUUUUAAUGUUAAUUUUGUAUAAACUCGUGGUAUAAAUAAAUAAAUGUUAAUGUUUAAAUAUU